AUGACUGUCUAUAUCCUGCAUAUCGAAGCCAUAUCCGUUGACCGAGAAAAUCGAUGGGAGAUGGAACCAGUGAACAGGGCCAACCAACAGUUGUCGCAGUUCCAGCGACUAGCCAACUCGGAACUCACGCCUUGUGCUAUCGACUACCCAAAUAAGGACCCUACUGACACUUCCGCAUUGCGCGAGUGCAAUAUUGAAUUCUCCAUCCCUGAUGAUCUGAGUGUACCGACUCGGCAAAGAGCCAACAAUACUCUUGAUGAGCUUCGUAAAGUUGCGACAUUCACUAUUAAAGACAAGGAGUCCGGCGAGGAGCAGAACCCUUUUGCUUGA